UUUUUCAUUAAAUUUGUGUUAAAAAUGGAAGCAAACUUGAAUUUGGACGCAACAGAAAAUUAUCAAGAUAAUUGUGAUACAACUUCUUCGAGUUGUUAUUCAACGCCGUUUUCUGUAAGGGAUAUUUUAAACAUUAACAGUGAUGGGGAUUAUUUAAGUACUUAUAAGGAGUAUCAAAAUUUGUCUUAUAACAACAAUACUCAGUGUUACGGACAACAAAGUUGGGAUAACAAUUAUUUUGGAAAUUACGAAUUACCUCAACAACAUCAACAACAAGUUUACAAUAAUUAUUAUAAUCCUAAUCCUGUCAAAAUUGAGCAGUGCGAAAAUGUGCAAUAUCUUGAUCAACACGAUGUUAGUAGCAUGACACAAAUCCCUUCGCAGUUUUGCCAAAGUUAUCAAGAACUUCAAAAACCUAAGGAAAUUAUUGAAUAUAAUGUACCAUCACCAAAAAACCAAGUGACUAGUUCAAAAACUGAACUAAGAAAAUCCGGUCGGCAACGAACAAAACGAAAACCACGCGUGUUAUUUUCACAACAACAAGUUUACGAAUUAGAGUGCAGAUUUAAGCAGCAAAAAUAUUUAUCGGCGCCAGAGCGUGAGCAAAUGGCCAAAGGUUUAAAAUUAACACCGACGCAAGUAAAAAUAUGGUUCCAAAAUCGACGGUACAAAAGCAAACGAAGCAAUGUCGUUGAAAGAGAAGAAGAUAAAAUGAACUGUUCCGAAGAUACCGUCAUUACUAGUAAUAUGCCGUGCUUACAACAAUUAUAUCAUCACAACACACAACAAUAUUAUGGUCAAAUGUACGAUGGUAUGAGCUCGCAUCACGAAUAUCAACAAAAUUCUCAAGUCGAUAUGAAUAAUAUCGUUAAAUAUGAAGGUAUCGAGUUUCAUUAA